AUUAGUAGCUUUUCUAUAUAUCUUUUUUGUGGUGUCCUCCACCUUCACCGCCUUCACCCUAUUAAACUCAUAUGUCAUAACAACAACCACACCAUCGUCACCACCAAAAUCACUCUCACUUCUCUUACUCACCACACUCUCUCCGCCGGUCGUCACUCGUCACUCUAUCUCCUCGCCUCUGCUUCCUCCGCGCCUGUGCCUCCUCCGUCUGUAUCGUCCCGGCCGCCUUGGCUCCGAGCCGCCGUGCCUCGCCUGAAAACUAAAGAAAUCUAACAUUAACCGCCUUUCUGCAACAAACAUUCAAUAGCAACACGAAUCACUCAUAAAUCUCUCACAAAACCUUAAAUCGAAGCCCUUGUUGUUAUGGAGAUGACAAGAAAAGACAAGGCUGCAAUGAGAACGGAAACCACACAGUCUUCAUGUUCGUCUUCCUCAUCCCAUCAUCUUCCUCGUCAAAAGAGAACCAAACUCCACCAUCACGGAUCGCAUCAACAGGUUGAAAUCAUGGAACCGAUCCAGAUGGAAAUUGAUGAUGGAAGCCAGCUUCAAGCUUUAGCUGAUCCUCUUCCAUUUGCUAGAAGUUAUCAGCUUGAAGCUCUGGAGAAAGCUAUUCAUGAGAACACUAUAGUGUUCUUGGAGACUGGAUCAGGAAAGACUCUCAUUGCUAUCAUGCUGCUUCGCAGUUAUGCUUAUAUGCUGCGUAAGCCUUCUCGGCACAUUGCGGUGUUCUUGGUUCCAAAAGUUGUGUUGGUGACUCAACAAGCUGAAGCUGUGAAAAUGCACACUGAUUUGAAAGUGGGAAUGUACUGGGGAGAUAUGGGAGUUGAGUACUUGGAUGCUGCUACAUGGAAAAAAGAAAUAGAUGAACAUGAGGUGCUUGUCAUGACUCCAGCUAUAUUGCUCAGAAGCUUGAGGCACGGUUUUCUCAAACUUGACAUGAUUAAGCUUUUAAUAAUGGACGAGUGCCAUCAUGCUAAGGGUAGAGACCCUUAUGCCUGCAUAAUGAAAGAGUUCUAUCAUAGGGAAUUGAACUCUGGUAUCUCUGACCUCCCUCGAAUCUUUGGGAUGACUGCAUCUCCCAUUAAGUCAAAAGUUGGAAGCUCUGAGUACACCCUCUCUGUAAAUAUCCGUGACCUAAUGACACUAAUGGACUCAAAGGUAUACACAUGCGUAAGUGAAGAUGUCAUUGCAAAGUUCAUACCAAUCUCAACUCCAAAGUUCAAGUUUUACACGAAAAGUGAAAUUCCAUAUGUGUUAUUUGAAAAAUUAGCAGUUGAACUCAAUAUGUUAAAACAGCAGUAUGAACUCUCCUUGAGAACUUCACAUUUCACAACAUCAGUUGCUAAGACUGCACACAAGAGGAUAACAAAGAAUUUUUCUUCCAUUAUGUUUUGCUUGGAUACACUUGGUGUUUGGUUGGCUUUAAAGGCUGCAGAGUUCUUAUCUUCCCACGAAAGUGAAUCAUUUAAAACUGGGGAUAUAUUUGUGAACAGAUUUAGUUUAGAUACUGUGAAGCUAUUUAAGAAAUACUUAUCAUCUGGUCCUCAGCGGUUUAUUGGUAAUGACACUAAAUCGGAUAAGGAUAUGGGGCUGUUAACCUCCAAAGUUUGUUGUCUUGUUGACACGCUGCUUGAGUACAGGUUAUCCUCGCUGAAGAAUUUCCAUUUAGAAAUCAUGCAUGUGGGUGUUACCAUCAUUGAUAGGGGUUUGUCUGACAUGCGAUGCAUAGUUUUUGUUGAACGAGUAAUUACAGCUAUUGUCCUCCAGGAUCUAUUGAAUGUAUUGCUUCCAAAAUACAAUAGCUGGAAGACGAAAUGCAUAGCAGGAAAUAAUACUGGUGUACAUAAUCAAUCCAGAAAAAUGCAAAAUGAAAUUGUGGAAGAGUUUCGUUUGGGCAUGGUCAAUAUCAUUGUUGCAACAUCAAUUCUUGAAGAGGGUUUAGAUGUUCAAAGUUGCAAUUUGGUUAUCAGAUUUGACCCCUGUCCCACUGUCUGCAGUUUCAUACAGUCCCGUGGCCGUGCUAGAAUGCAGAAUUCAGACUAUGUAUUAAUGGUUCAACGUGGGGAUUCAGUCACAUAUUCUCGGCUAGAGCACUACCUUGCUAGUGGAGAUCUUAUGAGGAAGGAGUCACUGCGUCAUUCUUCCCUUCCAUUUGAUCAUUUUGAAAGUGAUCAAUUCAAUGAGGAAGUUUAUCGAGUUGAAAGCACUAAAGCCAUUGUGACUCUGAGUUCUAGUAUUGAGUUGAUACACAUAUUUUGCUCUUGGCUCCCUUCAGACGGGUACUUUAAACCCACUCCAAGGUGGGUAAAAGAAACAGGAACAUUGCAUCUUCCGAAAAGUUGUCCUAUACAAACUAUUUGUGUAGAAGGUGACAAAAAAGCCUUGAAGAAAAUUGCUUGCCUUGAAGCAUGCAAGCAACUUCAUAAGAUUGGAGCUUUGACAGAUAAUCUUGUUCCCAAAAUUUAUGUUGAAGAAGGGGAGAUGCAAGACUUCGCGAAUGAACCUUUCAAUGAGGAGCAACCAAGUUAUAUGCCAUGCGAAUUGGUGAACCACUUCUCUAAUACGGAGAAUACAAUAUAUCAUUGCUAUCUAAUGGAGUUAAACUCCAAUUUUAGUGAUGAUAUAUCUAAUAUUGUGGUUGCCAUGAGAAUGGAGCUUGAUCGAGAAAUUGGAAGCAAGGAAUUCCAAAUGCCUUAUGACGAAGGUAGUUUGUAUGUAAAGUUGAGAUACACAGGAACCAUGGAUCUUUCUCCAAAUCAGGUUCUUUUAUGCAAGAGAUUCCAGGUGACAAUUCUUCGACUGCUCCUGGAUCAUAAUAUGGAGAAGCUGAGAUCUGCAGACCAACUAUGUUCAGAAGGCGAUCCGGAGAUUGAUUAUCUCUUGCUUCCAAUCCAUAAGCAAAGACUUUCUGUCGAUUGGUCCUCGAUCAAUUCUUUGUAUCCGUCAAAAUUUGCUUGUGGAAAUCAUUCUCUCAAUGUAUGGACAAAGAACGGCCGUGUUUGCACCUGCAUGCUAAGGAACGCUUUGGUUUAUACUCCUCAUAAUGAUCAUUUUUAUAUCACAACUGAUAUAACGUGCUUGAAUGGAAAUUCGCAUUUGAACCUAAGGCAUGGUGCAAUUACCACAUACAAGAAGUACUUUAUACAAAAGCAUGGCAUUAAGUUGAAGUUUGAACAACAAAGACUGCUUAAAGCAAGGCAUCUCUAUCAUGUCAAAAAUUAUUGUCAUGGACACAAACAACAGAAGGACACAGUUUCUGAAGCAAGCAAGAGCACAGUUGAAUUACCUCCUGAACUGUGCUAUAUAGUCAUGUCGCCAAUGCCUAUUAGUACCAUUUAUUCCUUCUCAUUUGUUCCAUCCAUUAUGCAUCGAGUUGAGUCGUUGCUUGUAGCUUCUAACUUGAAGAAGCUGCAUUUGGAUCAUUGCAUGCAAAAUGUGGUUUCAACUAGCAAGGUCUUGGAAGCACUCACUUCAAAAAGUUGCGGGGAGAGCUUUCACUACAAAUCUCUAAAGACUCUUGGAGAUUCUUUCUUAAAAUAUGCAACUAGUCAGCACCUUUUUCAAACAUAUCCAAAUCACCAUGAAGGUCUUCUUACUGUGAAGAGGGAAAAGAUAAUUUCUAAUGCUGCCCUAUGUAAGUUUGGGUGCAGUUGUAACCUUCCGGGCUUCAUACGAAAUUCACGUUUUGACCCACAAACUUGGGCUGUUCCCGGCAAUAAAUCAAUAAGUUUAAAACUAGAAGAGUUGGACUCCAAGGGGGCAAAAGCUUUUGUUAGUGGAAAAAGAAAGUUAAGACGGAAGGUUAUUGCUGAUGUUGUUGAGGCACUAAUUGGUGCCUACCUUAGCACCAGUGGUGAAGCGGCCGCACUGUUGUUUAUGAACUGGGUUGGCAUCAAAGUGAACUUUAAUUUUUCACCCUAUGAGAGGCACUAUAACAUUCAUCCAGAGAGGCUGAUAAAUGUGAACUUUCUAGAAUCUCUCUUAAAUUAUUCCUUCCGUGACCGGCAUCUUCUAGUGGAGGCUUUCACCCAUGGUUCUUACAUGCUGCCCGAAAUUCCAAGAUGUUAUCAGCGACUAGAAUUUCUUGGGGACUCAGUAUUGGAUUAUCUCAUUACGAGGCAUUUGGACAAUAAAUAUCCUGGAAUGUCACCUGGCCAGUUAACUGACAUGAGAUCAGCGUCUGUGAGUAACGACUGUUACGCAUGGUCUGCAGUUAAGGCCGGGUUGCACAAACACAUUCUACAUGCUUCACAAGAUCUUCAUAAGGAUAUUGUAGUCAUAGUUCAUGAAGUUGCAAAGUUUUCUCCAGCAUCACCUAUUGUAUGGGAGUUAGACAUAUCAUUUCCCAAGGUACUUGGAGACAUCAUUGAGUCUUUGGCCGGAGCAAUUUUCGUUGAUUCGGAAUAUAAUAAAGAAAUCGUGUGGCAAUGCAUACGACCGCUUCUGGAGCCGCUUGUUACACCGGAAACGUUAACAAUGCAUCCCACCAGAGAGUUGUCGGAGCUAUGCCAAAAAGAAAAUUACAAAAUAGAAAAGAUUCGGUCUCGCAAGGAUGGUGUCACCUCUUAUUUGAUGGAGGUACAAGCCAAUGGGAUCACUAUUUAUAGUUAUGAAUACACUGGUUAUGCUGAUAAGAAAACAGCCAAGAGGAUAGUUUGUAGAGAAAUUUUGAAACUGAUGAAAAAAACACAGCCCAAGUAGCUGUAAUAUUCAUAGGAAUACAAAUAUCAUAUUGUAUUGGUGCUGAUGUGCAUUAGUUGUAACAUCCUUUUGGAAAUUCCAAUAGGGAGAGGCCUUGCAAGUUGUAAUUAAACUAUAAAUAUAAGAGGGAAUGAAAAUAUCA